AUGUCAAGAAGAAUCAACAAUAACAAUAAAAACAACAAAAUAGAAGAGAAUGAUCAACAUUUUGGUUGGGGGUGGAAUGAACAAGGGCAAUUAGGUAUUCAUUCAUUUAGUAAUUUUAAACCUUAUACAGCAUAUGGAUCUCAAAGUACCCAAGUAAAUGCAUGUAUUAAAAAACCAACAUUUUUAAAUAAUCAAGAUGAUUUAUAUAGUAAAUCGGUUGCGAUUGGUUUGGCACAUAGUUUAUUAAUUGAUAGCAAAGGUCAACUUUAUUCUACUGGCAAAGGUGCAAAUGGAAGAACUGGUAUGGGCAACGAAUCAACAAUAUUCAAUUUUAAACCAGUUGUAUUCAACAAUGACGAACUAACCGAGGCGAAUAAGUAUCGAUAUUCAAGUAGCUAUUAUCAACCAAGAUUCUUAAAUAGACCAAUAACAGGAAACCAUACAAAAGUAAUUAAAAUCAGUUGUGGUGGUGCUCACAGUGCAUUCAUUACUGAAAACUUUGAACUAUUUACAUUUGGUAGAAAUGAUAGAGGUCAGCUGGGCCACGGUCUUUUAGAUCAAUUGGUAAUUCCAAAAAAAGUUAAUUACCAACAUUAUGAAUAUGAGGAAUCAAGUAAAUCAAUUAAAGAAAACAAACUAAUCACCGCCAGUAAUGUAGACCUGGUUGCAUGUGGUUUAAACCACACUGUUUUCUCUUUGGUCGAUGGAUGUGUUUACUCUAUGGGUGAUAACAAACAUUUUCAACUAGGUUAUGUCUCGAAAGAAGACGAAGAAAUGGAGUAUAGACCACGUUUAAUUGAAUCCCUAAAUUUACCCAAAAAACAAUUAGAACAACGUUACACCAAUAUAAAAUCGAUUUCUUGUGGCUCAAAUUUUAGUGUUUGUGUAAAACAAGGAAAUAUUUACACCUGGGGUUUAAAUAGUGUUGGUCAAUGUGGCUUCUCACCAAAAGAAACAAAAUCAAUUACCGCACCAAAACUUUUAAUAAUUUAUAACGAUGCUUCAACCUUAUCAAACGAAGAUAAAAAUCAAUCUGGAACCAACAAAAAGAAAAAACCAACCUUUACUUUUACUCAGGUAUCAUGUGGUAAUGACCAUAGUUUAGCACUAACUACUAAUGGUGAGGUAUUUGCAUGGGGUGAAUCCAAACAUGGUCAAAUCGGUUUUGCUACAUCAAUGAGUACAUUAGUCGAUUUUGACACCAGUACACCAAUUAAAGUACGUGAAUCUCUAUCAAACGAAUCGAUUACUCAAAUUGCUGCUGGUGCAUAUCAUUCAAUGGCACUAUCAAGAUCAAAUCAUAUCUACUGCUGGGGUCUAAAUGAUUACUAUCAAGUUGGUGAAGAAAUAGAAUCAAUGGGUCAUCAAAAAAUUAUAUCAACACCCUACCGUAUAAGAGCACCGGUUUCAGAGAAUUCAAAAUUAAAAAGUAAAGAAAGACCUAUUUUACAAAUUGCAGCUGGUGGAAGAUCAUCGAUGGCUAUCAGACGUUUCCUUUUAAACAUUGAAAUCAGACCAACUAACUAUUAUGCAGAUAUUAAAAGAAUUUUUGAAAAAUCCUCAUUUUCAGAUCUAAUAGUCCAAAUAAAAAGAGAUGAUAACACAACAGUCCAAGAAAUUAAGUUCCAUAAAAUAUUUUUGCAAAGAUCAAAACCCUUAUUAGAUUUUCUAAAUGAAAACAAUGUCCAUGUCGAUAGCAACACUCGUUCCUCGGUAAUCCCCAUUCAACAAGCAAAAAGCUUUACAGUCAAAAGCGAUAUCGAAGAUCUUUAUGAAAAUGAUCCAUAUUUAGAAAACUUUAAAGAAAUAGCCACUAUAGAUACAGAUUUAUCACAACACUUAUUCACAAUGGUAAACCAAGAAUUAUUUUCAGAUAUUAAAAUUAAAGUCGAAUACUUUGAUCCAUCAGAAAACAAAACUUUAAAACCAGUUAUAUUCAAUGCCCACAAAUGUAUAUUAGUAAAUAGAUCAGAAAAACUCAAAACAUUAUUAGAAUCUUCAUAUUUCAAAGAAUCAAUUGACAAUAUUAUUACAAUCAAUAACUUUACCGCUGAAACUUAUGAAGUUUAUUUAAAAUAUUUAUAUACUGAUAUUUUAAAUAUAAAUAAUGAAAAUGCAAUCGAACUAUUCCAAUUAAGCCAUCAAGAAUCACAGUAUAGAAUGAAAGAUUUAAUAGAAGAAUAUUUGACAAACUCAUUAGAUCACGAGAAUGUUUCAUUAAUCUUUGAAUUGGCAUUACAGUUAAACGACAAUCAAGUAUCUGCAAGUGGUAACAACUCUUUCUUAAUUGAUAGAUGCAUUUACUUUAUGUCUCAAAAUUUAGACAAAGUUCAAAGUUCUGAAACAUUUAAAUCUUUAUCAGAAAACUCAAAACAAUUUUUACUGUCAAACUCAAUUAAUAUUCAAGAUGAUCAAAAUAUUAAAAGUGAUAAAAGUGUAAAUAAUAAUAGUAAUAGUAAUAAUAGUAAUGAUAGUUGUUGUAAUAGUAAUAAUAAUAAUAAUAAUAAUACAGGAUGUUGCUCAACUAAUACCAACACAGAUAAUAACAAUACAGGAUGUUGCUCAACUGCUCAAGAACCACAACAAUUUAAUAAAGAAACUCUUUGUUAUAGUUGUAAAAUUCUUUAUAGAGAUUUCAAAAUUAUAGAUAAAUCAAAUAUUGCACCAUAUAUUAAAGUGAAUUCAAAACAACUAUUAACAACCACACAACUCGAAGAUAAAAUUAAAGAUUUCUUAUUAAAAGAUUCAGACGAUGAAAACUAA